UUUAUUUUUUCAGCAGUAUCCACACUUUUCUGCCAAACGAUUUUAAUUUGGUAAACUAUCAAUAAAGAUGAGCGUCAGUUAAUAAUAAUAAUAAUAAUAAUAAUAAUAAUGGGUAAUUUUGAAUAUCCCAUCACUUCAUUUAGCCUUUGAAGUUAUAUUGCAUUAAUUUCAUUAAUAAGAAAAUUUAAUUUGGAAUAUGAAACCAGUGGAAAAAUUUCUGAUUGCCUUUGCAGUGUUCCUCAUAUUCACUAUCACAUUCUUCAGCUACAAGGGCCUUCCACGAAGGUACAGAGAUUAUAUUUUAACGAGUAGCGACUUCCAUUGCCUCGCUAAUGUUCCGUGUGUCUAUGAGAAUGUUGUCGAUUUGAGAAUAAUAGUGCUAACUUACGACCGAACAGCCAGCGUCUUGAAGCUGUUGAACAGUCUGCAAUCUCUGGAACUUGACGGAGAUGAGGCCAUCCUCGAAAUAUGGAUUGAUCGGAAUGCUAAAACCGGAAUACAUAACGAUACUUAUAGAGCUGUCUCGGAAUUUAAGUGGACCAAAGGUGCAACCAGAAUUCACAACCAAACAAGUCACGUGGGUAUUAUGGGCCAAUGGAUCGACACAUGGAGACCAAAGUUCGCACCACCUUUCCAACCGAAAAACAUGACAUCGACCAUGUAUCCCCACCAACCGAGUUACAAAAAAGAAAUUGCUUUAAUUUUGGAAGAUGACUUGUCAGUCUCGCCACAUGCUUAUCGGUAUUUGAAAGCCGUUUACAGAAAAUAUAAUGGGAGAGCUGAUUUUGCAGGGGUCACCUUGACAAGCGAUGAAGCAAAGGCCCACAACACUGGGAAAGCACUGAGAGCCCCGGCAAACGAGUCUGCCUUCAUGUACGUCUGCAUUGGCACUUGGGGAUUCGCCCCUUCAUCUCAAUAUUGGGCGGAGUUUCAAGACUGGUUUCACUACGCCCGAGGAAUCAAAAAUUUUCAACCCUACCUCAAUGGCACCAAACCGGAUAGCUGGUUCAGAGGUUUUCUCCAGGAAGGCACACAUGAUUCUAUGUGGGAGAUGUGGUUCAUACAUUUUGCCAGUAAGAAGAAGGCCUACACCGUUUACAGCAACUUGAAGUACGUCAAUGGCGACGAGGCAGACUCGUGCGUUGCUAUUAAUAGGCGGGAAGUGGGACUGCAUUAUUCCCAAAAGGGAGCAGAAAACUUGUGCAAACUCCUGAAAAGCUGGGAUCCAAAAUAUGAAUCCAUGCUACCAGACAAUCCAAGAAACACUUCAACUCCAUUAAAACUCUACAUAAACUAAAUUGAACGUCGUACAUCUCACCCAAUUAUUGGUUGAUCGAAAUAUACAUAUUAAUCUUUUUUUUCUUCUGAAAUUCUCAACCUAAUUUUUCGUCCAAUCAAUCUUUUGAAGUUCUCAGCCUAAUUUUUCGUCCAAUCAAUCUUUUGAAAUUCUCAACCUAAUUUUUCGUCUAAUAAAUCUUUUGAAAUUCUCAACUUAAUUCAUCGUUCAAUCAAAUUUCUCCAACUUAAUUGCUAUAAUUCAAAUUCUACAUAAACUAUCUAAGUUAAAGUUUCAACAAAUCAAAUUUGAAAUACUGACAAUGUAUACAUUGAUUGACGCAUUAAUUGAUUUUUCUUCUGAAUUUCAACUUAGAGCCGUGCUAGUUUCACCCCAAAUCUUGCUCAUAUAAAUAUCGAUUCACUCUGGAAAUUUUAUAUAUUAUUCUCCAC